CGCAUCGCUCCCAGUUUAUCCCAGCUUUCCUCCAUUUGUCCAGUUUGUUCAACUGUCAGCUGGUGAGUGCCAUGGGGGACUGGGACCUGCUGGGCCGGCUGCUGGAAAAAGUGCAGAGCCACUCCACGGUGAUUGGAAAGAUCUGGCUCACUGUUCUGUUCAUCUUUCGGAUCAUGGUCCUGCAAACCGGCGCAGAGAAGGUGUGGGGCGAUGAGCAGUCUGACUUCGUCUGCAACACUCAGCAGCCCGGCUGUGAGAACGUCUGCUACGACCUCGCCUUCCCCAUCUCUCACGUCCGCUUCUGGGUUCUUCAGAUCAUCGCCUUGGCAACCCCGAAGCUGCUGUACCUGGGUCAUGUUCUUCAUGUGGUCCACAUCGAGAAGAAGAUGAUGGAGAGGAUGAAGAACCAGGCUGAGCUGGAUGACCAGGCCAGUCUCUUCCUCAGGAGAACUUUCAAAAUUCCAAAGUACACCAAAAGCAGUGGCAAGAUCAACCUCCGUGGCAGCCUCCUCCGCAGUUAUGUCCUGCAUCUUUUGGCCAAGAUCAUUCUGGAGGUUCUGUUCAUCGCUGGUCAGUACUUUCUUUACGGUUUCACCCUCGAACCUCGCUACGUGUGCACCCGCUUCCCCUGUCCCCACAAGGUGGACUGCUUCCUGUCCAGACCCACUGAGAAGUCGGUCAUCAUCUGGUUCAUGCUGGUGGCCGCCGUCGUCUCGCUCGCCCUCAGCGUCGCCGAGCUGCUCUACCUGUGCGUGAAAGCGGUUAAAGAGUGCGUGGCGAGGAGGCAGGACUACACGGUGACCCCCGUGACACCUCCCGUUUCUGAGAAGAAGGACAUUAGGAACCAGGACGAGAUGAUCCAGAAUUACGUCAACCGGGAUUUGGAGCUGCAGGGACGGAAGUUGGGGAUGAACGGGAUCAAAGGGGGAGAGGGGGCUAAAACUGUGAGCUCCGAGAGCAACAUGGGGGAGAUCCACAUCUGA